UACGCACGCAAGAUAACGCACGUUCUCAUCACGCACGUCUACGAACGUUCAACUCAAACUUCAAAUCGUAGGUUUUUAGGCGAGACAAGCGUGAAUUUAGCUGAAAUUUGGGAAGGAACAUUUAUUGUUCAGAUCCCUCCUCCUUGGGAAAGUGGGAGGACCCGAAAAGUUAUUCGCAAAAGGGAGAAUUGUUCCAGUACUCAGUCAUCCAAAAACGUCCUUUCAGUGUGAGAAGUUGGGGAGCCGAAGAAAAUGUUGUUGCUGUUGCGGUAGAAAGUUACUAAAGCGGUAGUGGCUAAGAGGGGGAAAAGGUAUAGAAGAACUGCGAUUUUUGGGAGUAUUAAACAGGAAAAAACUUGGUGGAAAAAGUCGAGCCCGAAAAAGUUGUGGAUUCAGCUCCAAUCUACUGCACGUUUCUGGGGUAGUGUAUGGAAGAUGUCUUGGAUAUUGGAUUGGAUACCCUGGGAAAGGAAACGAAAGUUUCGAGUGCUCUGUGUCCUGGGUGCACUGCUGUGCUGCUGCCUGCAGGGUAGUGCUGCUCUCAGUGAUGACGUCCCAGUCUUCACAGAGGAGCCUCUCUCUGUGGUACAGAAACUGGGGGGCAGCGUGACCCUGCACUGCAGCGCCCUGCCCAACCAUGUCAACAUCACUUGGCGUCUAAACGGGCGAGAGCUGCCAGCGGGGGGCAACGAGGAGCUGGGAGUUCUGGUGCAGCCCAACUCUCUCUACAUCCCCUCCCUUACUAACCUGACCGUGGGCAGAUACCAGUGUGUGGCCACCACCAGCGUUGGGUCCUGCGCUAGUGUGCCGGCCAGCGUUACUGCAGCGAAACUGCGUGAUUUUGAGCCAGAUGACCAGCAGGAAAUUGAAGUGGAUGAAGGAAACACAGCAGUGAUUGAAUGCCAUCUUCCUGAGAGUCAGCCUAAAGCUCAAGUCCGCUACAGUGUCAAGCAGGAGUGGCUGGAGACAUCUAAAGGGAACUACCUGAUCAUGCCUUCAGGAAACCUUCAGAUAGCCAAUGCUACACGGGAGGACGAGGGUCCGUACAAAUGUGCCGCCUACAACCCUGUCACGCAGGAAGUAAAAACCUCCACUUCGACAGACCGUCUACGAAUACGACGUUCGACGUCUGAGGCUGCACGUAUCAUCUAUCCACCAGCAUCCAGGUCCAUUAUGGUGAACAAAGGCCAACGACUUGUCCUUGAGUGUGUGGCCAGUGGCAUUCCCACUCCACAUGUCACAUGGGCUAAGGACGGCCUAGACUUGCGAAAUCAUAACAACACCCGCUUCCUGCUCAGCAACCUGUUGAUUGAUGCGGCGAGCGAGAGCGAUUCGGGCACUUACGUGUGUCACGCUGACAAUGGCUUUGGCUCUGCUAGCUCUGCUACCGUAUUGUAUGACGUGCAGGUGUUUGAGCCUCCCCAGGUGCGUGUCGAGCUGCAGCAACAAGACGCUGUCAAGGGCGUGCGAUUCAGCUGUCAGGUGAGGGGCAAGCCCACGCCAACUGUGGUGUGGCUCCACAAUGCUCAGCCUUUGAGCCCGUCACCAAGACAUCGGAUAUCCUCGCAGGUGCUGCGCAUACUCGAUGUCGGGCCGCAGGACGAUGGCAUGUACCAGUGCAUGGCGGAGAACGGCGUGGGCAGUUCUCAGGCAGCUACAAGACUCCUCGCUGUCCCGACAUUGCCGUCGUGGUCAGGUAAGCUACCCUUGAUUCGACCGAUGAGCCCAGAUAAGGUGUUGCGGGAACAGCCACCCUUGAAGCCCGUGUCUACAAGCGCAGUGCUGCCUGUCGACUGCUCUGAAGUCAAAGUCUCUCAUGCCGAAGCUCCGAUUAUCAUGAGCCAGCCACGCACAGGAAAAGCUGACUACUAUGAACUUACUUGGAAACCCCGUCAUGAUGGAGGAGCACCUGUGUUGGAGUACGUUGUCAAGUACAGAAAGGCUGGAGAAUCUCCCGGUGACUGGAUCUCUAGCACUAUCUCAGGUUUACAGCACAAACUGACUCUGACCAAACUGCAACCCGCCAGCCUUUAUGAAGUGGAGAUGGCCGCUAAGAACUGUGCUGGACUUGGGCAGCCUGCGAUGAUGACUUUCAGAACAGGGCGAAGAGGAGGACCGAUAGGGGCUCCAAAAACACCAGUGGUGACACCUCGUCUUUUGCCUCCAGAAGCUCCAGACAGGCCCACCGUCACCAUGGCUACAGAGACCUCAGUCUAUGUGACGUGGAUCCCUCGCGGAAACCGUGGAUUCCCCAUCCAGUCAUUCCGUGUGGAGUACAAGAAACUGCGGAAAGGGGGUGGAGAAUGGGAUGUGGCUGUGAACAACAUCCCUCCCUCACGCCUCUCAGUUGAGAUCAUUGGCCUGGAGAAAGGAACAUCAUACAAGUUCAGAGUUUUGGCCGUUAAUGUGCUGGGAGCGAGUCCCCCUAGUGCUCCUUCCAAAGCCUACACAGUAGUGGGCAGUGGACCGCCAAACCGGCGUCCCAUUGACGGACCCUAUAUCACCUACAAUGAAGCCAUCAAUGAGACCACAGUUAUCCUCAAAUGGACGUACACACCAGUCAAUAACACCCCCAUUUAUGGCUUUUACAUCUUCUACCGACCCACUGACAGUGACAACGACAGUGACUACAAAAAGGAUGUUGUUGAAGGUGACCGUUACUGGCAUUCCAUUACGGAUCUACAGCCUGAGACUGCCUACGACAUUAAGAUGCAGUGUUAUAACGAAGGAGGCGAGAGUGAGUUCGGCAAUGUUGUCAUCUUGGAAACUAAAGCUCGUCCACACCAGAGGACAACACCUCCAGAGACAUCAACUCCCAGACCUGAACAUCCUGGAAACCCAAUGCCACGACCUGGUGAUCUGCCUUACCUUAUUGUGGGUGUGGUACUUGGAGCGUUUGUCUUCAUCAUCGUGGCCUUCAUCCCAAUCUGUCUGUGGAGAAUUUGGGCCAAGCAAAAACAAACCUUAGACAUGCGUUUCCCAGUUUUGGCAGCAACAGUCUCUCCAUGCCAGUACACCAUGGUGCCCCUGCAGGGAUUGUCUCUUGGUCGGCCCUGUGCUGUUGACCCUCACCUGGCACCUCCUCACAUUGUUUAUGCUCCUAAAGGAGAAUACAUCCCCAAUGGGAAUGGGAAGCACACUACACAACGCCUCCCAGAAGUACACAAGGACAAUGCUGACUAUGAGUUGGAGUGUGAUGCAUUGUUGCCUCAGAAACUUGCCAAUCCGCAACCACAUAUCCAGAACUACUGUAAUGGGGUAUCUGGCUGUUCUGAAGAGAGAUGCUGUGAGCCUGAUGACUCCCCCUUGCAGGUCCUCAGUCUGUCUAAUCCUGCACAGCCAUCUCAGAGUCCUGACUCCUUGAAGGACCAUCACUCCCUCACUGAAGCAAUUCACAUGGAAGAGGAGGUAACUGCCGACUUGCUAUUGUUAACAACAGCUGACACAGGCAUAAACAUGUUGCUUCAAGAAGCUGAGCACCAUGAAGUGAGAACAACUUGAAACAUGAGGCAGCUUGAGGAACAAGGGACACACAAUUUUUUUUUUUUUAAAGAAGACAAACAUAGAGAAAAAUAUUUAUUUUUGUAUAACAGAUGCUAUAUUUAUAUAUUUAUGUCUUUGUACAUAGUACAGAUUUUAGAAUGUAUAUAUAGGUUCUUUAUAUCAGAAGGUACACAUAUUUUGGUAUGUUUGUCAGUCACCACCACAUUAUAAUUUUCAUGCUGUAAAAAUUAUCCUCAUUUUAGAUAGGAACAACCUGACACCUCAAUGGCAUAUCUUUUUUGAUCUGUUUAACUUAAAGUUUCACAGUAAUAAGCUUCAGAUUUCCCACUGGCAAGCAUCUCUUAAUGUUUGAAGUACAGCUAGUGGAAAUUGUAAUGCAUGUAGAGCAUUGUGAUGAUGAACAAUAAGAAUGGUUUAAUGGACAGAGCAUGGGGACAAUUGACUUUUUAAAAACACUUUGCAUCAAAAGUAAUUAUAGUAUGUGAAUGCCUUAUAUAGUAAAAAUGCAUAUUUUAUGCACAGAAUGUUAAAUCCGUACAUUAAAUUGCUUUAUGGCAUGUAGAUGCUACUUUGAGGUGAAAACACAUUCAAAAACAAACAGAAAAACCUUAUGAUUGUAACUUGUUCCAAAUGCUCUCUCAUUUAACAGUGGUGUGAAUCUUGAUGGUGCAGUGUUUACAGCUUUGUACAUAUGUUACUAAGAAUUAUCUAUUUUAAUCAUUAACAAAAAUAUUAAUGAAUAUAUGCUAAGUAUAUGCAUUCUGUGUGUAGUAAUAUUGACUAUGAGAAAGAGCCCAUAUAUUGUAGGUAUUUAUAUUUUCGGUGACCUGGAUGCGAAACAUUCUUCAAAUGAACAUGCCUACCUGCAAUAUGCUAAUUUUAUAUUCAAAACUGGUUUAAUGUAGUCAGCUUGUAUAGUGGUACUUUAAAUGGUCUCUGAUGGAUUUUGCGUUUGGAGGCCUGCAGUUUUCCCCCAUCAGUAUUAGCUUCCUUCCACUGUAAACAUUAAACAUGAAGGAAAAGAUCAAUCUCCACAUACUCUAGAAGUGUAGCUGCUUUGGUUACAUGGAUUAAGCACUAUUGCCUGUUAAUAAAGCUAAAGAA